AUUUUUAAGUAAAAGCAACGCAGAUUCAGUAGGCCUAAUGUUGCACUGAAAGGCUCGGCACCAUGCAUUCUGAUCAACAUACCUUGACCUGCACCGCCAAGGAACCGUCAGACGAUCAGCAGUCGCAGCGAAAUCAAUAGGACGUAUAAUUUUAGCAGAAAACAGCGUUUGAAAAGUUAUUGCUAUUGCUAUUUGGCAGAGAUGCUUCAAAUGUGAGAGGCGGUGGGCAUGCGGUCAUAUCCGGUCGGAUUUUGACGAUCUGAUUGGUCGAUGUUCUUCCGUCCGUGGCUUCUUCUUUUCGAAGCUUAUACACCUCUUGAGAUUAAAGAUGUCGGAUAAUGGAGAUUCACGACAGUUAUUCAAAGUAUCGAAUUUAGUAGAGUCAGACACCAAUGAUUCCUGUUGGCUACAACAAGAUAUUUCUGAGAAUGAUACACAUUAUUCUGUUUCGAGUAUUGCCAUUAAAAAUGAACCAAUUUAUCACUACAUCAUGGAUGGUUCUGGGACUUCGGGCCAGUACCUUCCAGUUGUCACGAUUGGUGCUGAUGGACAACUGAAAGCUGUGACUGACCCAACCUGCCUCCCAAACCAUGGAAAUAUACAGCCUGUAGACAUUGGAGAAGAGGUCAUUGUGUUUCCCGAUAAAGACAUUUCAUGUGAAGCGCUGCCGGAGGGGAUAGUGGAAAUUGAUGUGGAUGCUGGAUCAGAGGAAAUCGAAUCUUCAGAUGCCAUUAGUAUUGAUCAACCCAACCAGUUGCCCAUUGUGACAACAUUCCUUGCUCCCAACAAAAAUGUUACUAUUGGAGGUAUUCAAUACAUUCCCGCACGAGCUAACAAGAGUUCAAUCAAGGUACUUCCAGCCUCAUCGUCAGUUACUAAUAGAGGACCUGCUAAUCCUUCUCUACGGAAAGCAAAGUUUGAAUGCAAGGAGUGUUUUAAGACAUUUUCGCAGCAAGUUAACCUGCAAACUCACUAUCGCAUUCAUACUGGAGAGCGUCCAUUUCAAUGCAAUGUUUGUCAGAAAGCUUUCACUCAGCAGCCUAAUUUAUGGAAGCACAUGCGUACCCAUACAGGCGAACGCCCUUUCCAGUGCCGAAUCUGUCAGAAAUGCUUUACUCAGCAGGGCAAUUUAUCAAAGCAUGAAAAGAUUCAUACUGGGGAACGUCCCUUUAAGUGCACACAGUGUGAAAAGACUUUUGCACAACGUUCUAAUCUCAUGACUCACAUUACACUGCAUACUGGUGUUCGUCCAUACAAAUGUGAUCUUUGUGACAAAUCAUUUGCUCAGAGGGCCAACUUGUUAACACACAACAUGACGCAUACAGGUGAGCGCCCGUACAAGUGUGAAGUUUGUGAAAAGGGCUUUUCACAACAAGCCAAUCUAGUGAAGCAUGUGAGAUUGCACACAGGAGAAAGGCCUUUCAGUUGCCGUUUUUGUAGUCGAACUUUUGCCCAACAAGCCAACUUGGACCGUCAUGAACGAAUUCACACAGGCAUCAAGCCCUACUCCUGCAGUCAAUGUUGGCGUGCGUUUGGGCAAAAGACUAACUUGCAAAAACAUGAAGCCACCCACCACCAAGAGAAGGCUUUCCCUUGCUUUCUUUGCCGCAAAGCUUUUGUUGCCAAAGUUUCUCUGGAGAAACAUCAACAGAAAAUGCAUUCUCAUCAGAUGUAUCCUAAUUGUUGUGCUGGUAAAGCUCAUUCAAAAGACUGCGGACCUCCUGCCAAUAAUCCUGUCACUAUUAACAAGACUACCGGGGAAUUGAUGGAACGGAAGACAGAUGUUCAGAAGGUCAAAGUUGUUUCUAUGGAACUUGAUGAUGGUCAAGAUGUUGAAGAACAUAUGAAGGUAGUUCGUCUUCUUGAACCCAAUGUGUUACAUCAGCAAGAUGACUUACCCGAACUCAUUGAAGUUCAUAUCCCCCAAAUGGACGACAUGGAGCUUAAGCAAGGUCUGGAUGAUGAUGACCAGCAAUAUUUAGAUGAUAUGUCUCAAUGCAGUGAAGAUGAAAUGACCAGUUCUGUCACUGUUUCCAUUUUGCCUGACGAUUGAAGUUCUUGUUUCUUCCCUUUCCCUCUUAUUUUGAUUGAUUGAAGAGCAGCUUGGACACAAUGGUCUGACUAUUGUGUACUUUAUUUAUUAUUAAGUACAUUGAUUUAAUCAAGUGAUUAAGUUACCAUCAUGAUAAAAACUAAAAGUGCCAAUUCUUGUGCAAUGUCAAGGUACAUUUAGCUGGCUAUGUACCUGUUACCUAUUCAUUUAUCAAAACUGACAAUGUCAAUGCUUUUCAUGAAAAAUGGUUAAUUGCAUGUAUGGUAAGGUGACUGAAAGAUUGUUGGAUGAGUAGUAGGUAGAUUAGUUUAUAACUAUAAGUUAUGGUCUGAUACAGUUAAUUUGUUAGUUUGUUAAUUAGUUGCUUGGUCUUGACCACUAUUUCCCCCCAUUCUUGUGCUCUUAGUUAUUAUUUGUAAACGAUCAACUCUAUCUGUAGCUUGCUGCAGAAAUUAUCAUGCUAAGUUGCCUGUUAAAGAAACCAGAGUUUAUUUAUGUAGGGUUUGCCCUCCGCUUGAAAAGGACUUUGUGUGUGAAAUCAAUGUUUGAUUAAGAAUGUCCUGUGGAGACAGCCUUUGAGAUUGGCCCUUCAGUAUAAACCAAAAGAUAGGUCAUUUUUCCUAGUCAAAAAAAUAAGUAAAUCAUUAACCAUGUAGGCAAGAUGAAUUCCUUUCUUUGUUUUGUGAAUUAAUUUUGCAAUGAGAGGCGCUACCUAUAUUCUGUUCUCAAAUCCAUAGUUCUUGUUACAAUCAGUGGGUACUUAUCCUUUGUGUUGACUGUAUGUGGGGUUUCAUUCAUCGAAAGUAAUAUUCAUGGUAAACUUCAUAUGGUUGUUCUUUUUUUUUUUUUGUUUUGUCUUGGCCAUUGUCUUUCACAUCCCUAUCCUUCGAGUAGGGAAACUUGAAUAAUAAUAUCACAUAAGUAUAACUUGUAACAUUAAUUUUCUCCUUCUUAUGUGGAGAGUGAAACACAAGAAUACACAAUAAACAGCAUAGUCUCAUGGGUAAGAAAUAUAUUUAUAAAAAGUU